GAAGGAUCCGUGUACGUAUAAAAUCUCCCAUUUUAAGCAUUUCUGUAACAAAAUAUUCGGUCUCCCAAGGGCAGCCUUCAACAAGAUCUGCCCCUUCUCUUCUUCCCAAAUCAGUCUACUUUUUUGAUUUUUUGAUCACGAAAGCAAAAUGGGGUUGUCUUUUACCAAGCUUUUCAGCCGUCUGUUCGCCAAGAAAGAGAUGCGGAUUCUUAUGGUGGGUCUUGAUGCUGCUGGUAAGACCACCAUAUUAUACAAGCUCAAGCUGGGAGAAAUAGUUACAACCAUUCCUACAAUUGGAUUCAAUGUGGAGACAGUGGAAUACAAGAAUAUCAGCUUCACCGUCUGGGAUGUUGGGGGUCAAGACAAGAUCCGACCAUUGUGGAGGCAUUACUUUCAGAACACUCAAGGGCUGAUCUUUGUUGUUGAUAGUAAUGAUCGUGAUCGUGUUGUUGAGGCUAGGGACGAACUGCAUAGGAUGUUGAAUGAGGUAAUCAAACUAAUUUACAAUAUCUACCUGUCUUUAUGUAGGACCCUUCUGAACAUUCUAGUUGGAAAUUUAAUAUGAUACCUGCCACGUUUU